AUGUUUAGAGACGGUGCUUGUAGCUUGAGCUUUGGCACCAAGGUAGACCAAGUGCACAUCCGGACAUUGGAACCCGUGCUGGCGGAGAAGGACCACACGCAGUUUUUCGUCGGGACCAGCACUUUAAAUCAACCCAAUCAGAUUCAUGUGGUUCAAGUAAAUGAUGACGCAAGCGACGUCAUCACGACUCAAUUGUUCUGUCAUCCUGGAGAGGUGCUGAGUUUAGCGCCAAGUCCUCAUAAUCGACAGCUGCUAAUUACAUGUGCAAAACAACGAGGUCAAUCAUCGGAAACUUUAUUGUGGAAACUACCGGAAGAAGAGCCAAUUUCAGGAGACAAUGGAAAGGAUACAGGAAGUGGUGCUAUGAUGCAAAACCUUGAGCAGUUGGCGGCAUUCCCAGCGCAGAAAGGACCCGUUUCAGAGUACAAUAGACGAGUUGCUUGGAAUGCUAUGACGGACACAUCGACGGUAGCGUCAGCACAUGAGACGCUGCUAUGCACGUGGCAAUUGAAUGAGGGAUUGGUGGAAGCACAGGACAAGUUGGAGCUUGAUGUGUCAAUGCUUGGAGGUGUUACGAAGAAAGGGGCCACUGCGUUGGCCUGGGAUCCACACCACGCUUCACGACUAGCUUUUGCUCUUGGUGGCAGUGUACGAAUGUGGGAUCUCCGUGCCAAGCAAGACAGCGUCAGUGUCGAAGACGCACACCCGAGCGCAACGCUGUCGCUCGAUUUCAACCCGAACAAGCCAUAUGCUCUUGCUAGUGGCGGUGAUGACGGCAAACUCAAAUUCUGGGACUUGCGCAAUGCACACAAUCCAUUAUUGACGCUUAAUGCGCACUCACACUGGGUAUGGAGCACGCGGUAUCAUCCACAGCAUGAUCAGCUUGUUCUGUCGGGAGGAUCAGACGCGACGUUGGCGCUGUGGCGAGUGUCUUCAAUCUCCUCAUUGCCGCUUGUCGAGCUGGAUGAGCGUGAUCUUAUGGACGAGACGGCAGGUGGCACAACUGUAAUGGAUACGCUCAUUCGACGAUUUGAAGACCAUGAAGAUGCUGUGUAUGCAGCGCGAUGGGCUACUGGAGGAGAUACUUGGAUGUUUGCCUCUGUGUCGUAUGAUGGUCGCCUUGCUAUCAACCACGUACCAUCGACAGAGAAGUACAAGAUUCUGCUCUAG